AUGAACGUUAUGCAAAUUUUAUUCAGGGGCACUCAUACGUUGUACUGCUUUCGUACGGUUGCACCGCACAAGAUGAUGGAAUCGAAUGUUGCUCAGACGGGAACACCGUCUUCAUGUACGGGUCGUCAGCAGAUAUCAAUAACUCCUGGUGGCACUAGGUAUUGGAUACCACAGUGUGAUGAUCCACUUAAGCCUUAUAAGGGGCAAAAAUUCCGAACAUUGAAUGAUGCAAUAAUCUUCUACAAGACAUAUGCGUAUGCUGUUGGUUUUGAUGUACGCCAGAGCACGUUAAUCAAGGCACGUGAUAAUAAGACUAUACUUUGGAAGUAUAUGGUGUGCUCGCGAGAGGGUUAUAAACACAAUACACAUGCUGUCCAUUCAGCCCCAAUCCCAACCGAUGGGCACGUAAAAAGGCGACGAGUAUCCAACCGUGUGGGUUGUGUUGCAAGGAUCGUGUUGCGUGUAGACGGGCUCAAUGGAUGUCUGAUGCAUAGAUAUACAUAG